AUGACACGAAGCUAUGGCAUUUUCAUCGACGCUGGUUCGAGCGGAUCACGACUUCAAAUCUAUUCAUGGACGGUUUCUAAAGAUAAACAAGACACAAAUAAAGGAGCUAGUCUUCCUCUGAUUGAACUUGGGGAUGGUAAUGAAGGAGACUGGUCCAUCAAGGUACAACCGGGCAUAUCCUCAUUCGCCAGACGGCCAAAGGACGUGGGAGAGAAGCAUAUAGAAAAGCUACUUGAUCAUGCCGAGAAGGUCAUUCCUAAAGACAAGCAUAAAAGCACUCCUGUGUUUUUAAGUGCCACAGCUGGUAUGCGGCUUUUACCUCCGAAAACACAAAAAAAAAUAUUGAAUAAUGCUUGUCAUUACAUAAGAGAUGAAUACGACUUUGCACUUCCUGAUUGUGAAUCCAUGAUUCAGGUUAUCGAUGGAAAAGCUGAAGGUAUGUACGGUUGGUUGGCAACGAACUAUUUGCUUGGAAAUCUUGAUUCACCUUCUGGAUCUUCAACGGGAUUUUUGGAUAUGGGAGGUGCAAGUGCUCAAAUUGCCUUUGAAGUUCCCCCUGAAGUACAAAAUGAAUAUGAUGAUAGCGUUAGCACGGUACUUCUAGGUUUGGAUAAUGGUAAGCAGAUAGGCUAUCCUCUAUUCGUUACAACCUGGCUCGGUUUCGGUACAAGUCAAGCACACAAUAGAUACUUGAAUUCUUUGAUUGAAGGAAAUCGCGAUUCUCCUUCCAAAACCAUCGAAGAACCUUGCUCACUUCGCGGAAGACAAUAUUCCAAAGAUGGACAAUCGUUUCUGGGCACGGGAGAUUUGGAACUAUGCCUAAAACAUACGUAUACCCUUCUCAAUAAAGAGGCACCCUGCUCACGAGAUCCUUGUGGUUUUGACGGCAUUUCAAUUCCACCGAUUGAUUUCGUCAACCACGAGUUUGUCGGCGUCUCGGAAUUUUGGUAUACGACAAACGAUGUAUUUGACAUGGGCGGAAGCUAUCAUUUUCCCAACUUUUACCAAAAGGUAGCUGAUUACUGCGCUUCCGACUGGGAAUCGAUGCUUUCACGCUUACACAAUCAUCAAUUAUCUCCAUCUACAGAUGAAAGCAAGCUAGAAAAGCUUUGUUUUAAAGCUUCUUGGGUCUUAAAUUUUCUGCAUGAAGGAUUCGGUUUUCCUAAAACUAAUACAACUGAUAUUGACUACCAACAAACGGACGGGCUUGAGGUAAUUCCAGCAUACCAUUCUCACUUCACUAGCCUUGAAAAAAUUGAACGGACCGAAAUAAGCUGGACACUUGGUCAAGUUCUUUUGUACUCAUCAAAUCAACAAUUCCUUCAAGACCCCAAAUAUGCGAACUAUCAGUUGAAUACAUUUGGAAAAUUAACUCCUUCCAGAGGGUUCUUCCAAAGUAAUAUGAAUGGAUAUAUUUCCUUCAUAAGUGUUGUUCUUUUCUUAUCCAUCUUUGGCUUUUUGUCCUAUUUGUUGACUAGCAACCCUAAGAGAAGGUCAAGGAUCAAAAACCUUCUGCUUCGAGUUCGUGGUAUGAAGGGUCGGUAUAUUGUGAACGCCCAUGGAGAUUACGAAGAUAUCGAAGAUUUUGAGGAUGAUAUGGAAAUGACGAACUUCUCAAAGUCGAAGACUGCUCCUAUUCGCACCACAUCUAGCCAUAUUCUUGCUGAUCAUUUAGCAUUAAAUUUUAGUCGAGAGCGAACACCAAGAUCUCCUUUACCUUAA